AUGGCUGACAGCCUAAGCUUUGUUUUGCCCCGGGACUUGACAACUUCCGCAGUGGUUGCGGCUGCGCGGUCGCCGGUUUUGGAACCACAGCGAGCCCGGAGAGGAUAUGCUGAAGAGUCCGCGCGCGAAGGCGCCGUUCUGCUGGCUGUGGCCUUGAUUGGGAGCCGAAGGAACGGCCGCCAGAGAGGCCGACUUGGGCGAGUUGCCAGAGCUGCCGAGGACGACGCGCCAGAGCUGCCGAAAGCCAAGCCGCCGCCGCCCGUAGUAAAGGCACCAGCCAAAGCAAAGCCGGCAAGUGCACCCACAGCCCCGCCACCAAUGCCGGAAGCCAAGGCGGCAGCUCCCCCACCAGCUGAAGCGAAGCCAAAGAGUGCUCCAGCAGCGGUUCCAAAGCCGGAAGCAAAGAAGGAGGUUGCAGCUCCCCCUUCAGCUGAAGCGAAGCCAAAGAGUGCUCCAGCAGCGGUUCCAAAGCCGGAAGCAAAGAAGGAGGCGGCAGCUCCCCCCCAAGCUGAAGCGAAGCCAAAGAGUGCUCCCGCAGCGGUUCCAAAGCCCGAAGCAAAGAAGGCGGCAGCUACCCCUCAAGCUGAAACAAAGCCAAAGACUGCUCCAGCAGCGGUUCCAAAGCCAGAAGCAAAGAAGGAGGCACCUCCCGCUGAGAAGCCAAAGAGUGCUCCCGCGGCUCCAACGCCGGAAGCAAAGAAGGAGGCACCUCCCGCUGAGAAGCCAAAGAGUGCUCCCGCGGCUCCAACGCCGGAAGCAAAGAAGGAGGCACCUCCCGCUGAGAAGCCAAAGAGUGCUCCCGCGGCUCCAACGCCGGAAGCAAAGAAGGCACCGCCACCCUCACCAGCUCCAACGUCACCGGCCCCAAAGCCGGAAGGAAAGGAGGAGGAGCUUCGUGAGCAGCUUGAGAAGCCGCUGGGACCAGAAGAAAGGGCCCGCUUGUUUCGUGCAUGUUCGAGGCAAAUUUUUGGAUUGCCAAGGCAGCAAACCGAGAAUGCUGACAUGAAAAAGAAACUGGAGGAGACGGAGGCCCUUCGGCGAGAAGAGGCCCGGAAACAGAUGGAGAUGGAAGCGGCCAAGCGUGCUGCAGAGAGCGAAAAGAAGCAGUUCAGAAGAGCUGGCAGUUCAGAGGAUGUUGAGAAGAGCCUCGCCGAUGUCCAGGCUUUGAAGCAGGCAAUGCCAUUUCCCACAGGCAUGCAGGAGGACGCGGUGCAGCUUCGGGAGCUCAAAGAAAGCCUUCAGGCGUCUCAAGACAAGUGUCGGGAGAAGGAGAAGCAGAUAUUCCAACUGCAGGUGGAGAAGGAAAAGAUGGAGAAUUCCUUGAAGGCGGUGCAGGCGGAGUCCGAGGAUAGCGCGAAGAUGCGAGAGACCUUGAAGAAGAUUGCCGAAAUGAGCACAGCAUUCCUGGAAGGCGGCGAGGACCCCUCGGUGCUGCGUGACCAAGCGGACGAGUUCAAAGCCCGCGCUGCAGCUGCUGAGAGGGAGAAGGCGGCUGCGCUGGCGGAGCUGGCUAGAGCCAGGGAGCAGCUAGAGGAGCUGUCCUCCUCCAAGGAGGCCUUGGCAGAUGCCGAGACGCGCGUGAACGAGUUGUCCAAGAGCAUUCGCGACAUCGCCGAGCAGAUUGGCACUCCGAAAGGUCCUGGUUUGCCGCUGCUGGGCUCAUUCUUCAAGCCUUCGGAGGAGGAGCUCAUUCGAGACAUCCAGGCAGAGAUCAAGAAGCUGAAGUCCUGA